CAAAAAUCGAAAGCUGAGAAAGUAAAUGGGAAACGACGACUGACUCGUCUUCUUCCUCUUCCUCCUCCUCCUCCUCGUUCCCUUUUUCUCUUCUUAGGUUUCUGAUUUUGAUCGGAGGUAAAACGUUUAAAAGUUUGCGAUUUGAUGAGCUAGGGUUUGUAAUUUCCCGAAUCGGAUGUUUGUCACUGUCUUCUUCUCUUCGAUCUUUUUACUCAUCGGGUGAGACAAAAGAGGCAUCUUUUUCAUGUGUUCCCGCGUAUAUCGACUGUUUUAUUGGGCUUAGAAAGCUCUAGUUUGGUUUGAGAAUCGUAAUAUCGAUUAAAGAAAAGAUGCUCGAGGGAGCAAAGUUCAACGUGCUGGCUGUUGGGAAUCACAACAAUGACUAUGCUUUCACGCAAGAGUUCUAUCAAAAGCUCAAUGAAGGUUCAAACAUGUCCAUGGAGAGUAUGCAGACGAGUAACGCUGGAGGCUCAGUGUCAAUGUCUGUGGAUAACAGCAGCGUUGGUUCUAGUGAUGCUCUUAUUGGCCACCCGGGUUUGAAGCCAUUGCGCCAUGUCUACUCACUCUCGGUCGGGCAAAGCGUGUUUCGCCCCGGGAAAGUCACACACGCGUUGAAUGAUGACGCCUUAGCUCAAGCACUAAUGGAUAGCAGGAAUCCAACAGAAGGGCUGGCCAACUAUGAAGAGUGGACGAUAGAUCUGAGGAAUCUCCACAUGGGUCCUGCUUUUGCUCAAGGGGCUUUCGGUAAAUUAUACAAAGGGACGUACAAUGGGGAGGACGUAGCGAUC